GCAAAUUAAACUAAUUGCUGUGAAGUAUUUAGUAUUGAAUAAAGACUUUAGCAUUGUUCCACUGUACAAUGCUUGUAUAUAUAUAUGAAUGCGCAUAAAUCGAAGACGGAGUUUAUCUCGUCGGAUCAGAUCGGAUUGGAUUGCAUCGCAUCGCAUGCAUAGUGGCUGUAUUAAUGAGUUAAAACGCACGCCUAACUCGAAUACAACGCCAGUGGUAGCAAGAUUUGUGGAUUUCGAGAGCUUCGCUAAGACAAAGAUUAGGCCAACUAUACAGAGAUCGUGGCAUUGCGUGGGCGUUAUUGGCGUUGGCAGCACAUCGCAUAUCAAAAUGACACCAUUAUGGUAUUAUGCCAAUCGUUGCUUAUUAAUGUGUGUGCGGGGGAUCGUGGCAUACAUUGUAUGGGGGCGAUCAGCAAGUGGCACACGUUUCGGCCCUCGGCAUGCCACAAUUCCUGGAAACCCACCUCUACAAUACUAAUGAAUGAAUGUGUGUGGACAGCAUGUUAAUUCUUAAAUAUGACAAAAUGCAGCCUCAGCUAUGGCUUCUACUUCUGCUAUACUUAACCCUACAAAGCCCCAGGAGUGCGCGGGCUCUACUGAACAGCUAUCAGACGCAGUCGAACUUUGAGUUACUGAAAAUUGAUUCGCGUUACAUAUCAUAUCAAGAUUUGAUGUCAACAGCUAAACGAUUUUACGAUCCCGAUACGACUUGGUAUUCUGAAUUGUUAUACGAUGUGGCCAGAAAGCAGGUUAUUGUUGGUGCCAGAGACACCUUGUACCGCAUGUCUUUCGAGCUGGAGCUGCUGGAACGGGCCAGCUGGGAGGCAACGCCUGGGAACGUGCUGCUGUGCCAGCAGAAAGGCCAAUCGGAUCGCUGGUGUCGCAACUAUGUGCGCGUGCUCCACAGCUACGGUGAGAACCAACUGUACGCGUGUGGGACGAACGCCUUCCAGCCGAGCUGCUCGUGGCGCCAGAUGGAAAAUCUGAACGUCACUCAGCUGGACGACGGCGUGGUCAAGUGCCCCUUCCAUCCACUGGCGAACAGCACCAGCCUCCUGCAGUCCAAUGGCAACAUGUUUGCGGGCACUGCCACAGACUUCUCCGGCAGCGACGUGGCCAUCAUUCGCACACCCGUCCAGCCCAAAAGGAUGGACCGCAAACGCUUCCUGCGCACUAAGCAAUACAACAACAAUUGGCUCAAUGGGGCUCAGUUUGUGGGCAGCUUCGAGGCGGGCAACUUUGUCUACUUUCUGCUGCGGGAGUCCGCGUCGGAGCACAUGAGCUGUGGCAAGGCAAUCUAUUCGCGCAUUGCACGCGUGUGCAAGAACGAUGCUGGCGGGGAUCAGGUGCUGCGUGACAACUGGACCUCGUUUCUGAAGGCGCGCCUCAACUGCUCGUUGCCAGGCGAUUAUCCCUACUACUUCGACGAGAUACAGGGCAUGACAUAUGCGGAGUCGGAGCAGGUGCUCUAUGCCACCUUCAGCACGUCGGGGUCGAUCAUCUUUGGCUCUGCCGUCUGCGCCUACAACUUGAGCUCGAUCAAUGCAGCCUUCGAGGGCGCCUUCAAGCACCAGGAGCACGCGGAUGCCGCAUGGAAAACGGUCAACACGCCGCAACGAAGUCAGUUCCAGUGCGCCAGUGGAGCCACGGCCUUUGGCCACUUGCUGGAGAGUUCGCGGUAUCAGCUCAUGGAUCAGGCCGUUCAGCCGAUAGGUGCUCAGCCGCUCUAUCACUCCAGACUGGAGCACUUCAAGCACAUUGCCCUGGACAUUGUCCAGACCAGAACAGAGCAGCUGCACGUGCUCUACGUCAGCAGCAGUCAGAACCACAUCAAGAAGCUGUCGGUGAAGUAUGGAGCGCAGUCGCAGGAAAAGGCGCAAACCUGUCUGGUGGAGAUGUGGCAGGCGGACGACACGGGCAGCAGCACCCUGUUGCACAUGUCCUACCUGAAGGUCACGGACUCCCUGUACCUGGGAACGGACUUGGCUCUGACGCGCAUUCCCGCCCAGCGCUGCAGUCGCCAUGUCUCGCAGUCCAGUUGCUUCAAUGCCAUGGAUCCCUAUUGCGGCUGGAAUGAGCUCGUGGAACGCUGCACGCCUCUGGAUCCCACCGUGCAGCAGCCUUGGCUGCAGCCAACCCAAUUCACCUGUCCCGUGCUCAAUGCGCCCAUCGACGGCGGCUGGUCCAGCUGGUCGCCGUGGGCCGAUUGCCAGCAGCAUGACCAGCCCGACAGCAACUGCCUGUGCCGGCAGCGCAACUGCAACAAUCCGCAGCCACAGCACGGCGGUGUCGCCUGCGAGGGCAUCAGCACACAGGUGACCAACUGCACCCAGCACGGCGGCUGGACGGACUGGUCAGCCUGGUCGCCUUGCUCGCAGACCUGUGGCGUGGCCGUCAAGGGCCGCCGUCGCAGUUGCAGCAACCCGCGACCCGCACACGGCGGACGCAUGUGCCUGGGACCCGAGCUGGCCGAGAUGUAUUGCACCCACUUACCGCCCUGCCCUGUGCCCAAGCCGCCGGCCAUUGACGGUGCCUGGGGCCCCUGGGGCGAGUGGAGCGAGUGCAGCGCGCAAUGUGGAGGCGGCUUCCGCAUGCGCCGACGUGAAUGCGAUGACCCCAAGCCAUCCAAUGGCGGCAUGGAUUGUCCUGGCUGCAGGCUGGACUACGAGGACUGCAACAUGCAGAGCUGCGGCGAGGUGCGCAAGCUCAGCGCCUGGACACCCUGGCUAACGGCAGCUGGUGGAAAUUCGUCUGAGGCGCACGUGGAGAAGCGCUAUCGCUAUGCCUGCCGAGCGACCAGCGCAGACGCGAACUCGGUGCGAAUUAGCUUGGCCAAGGAGGAAACGCGCAACUGCAAUCAGGACGGCAGCUGUCAGCGGCACAGCGAGCAUGACUCCACUGACUCCGAAUCCGAGUGGUCGACCUGCAGUGUCAGCUGCGGCGGUGGCACGCAGCAGCGUCGGCGUGGACACAAUACACAGAGUCGCGCCUGCAAUAUGCACGCCUGUCCGGCGGACGAGCAGCCGGACAACAGCAUUGACAAUCAGCUGGAGCAUGAGUGGAGCUGCUGGUCGGAGUGGUCCAGCUGCUCCGUGACCUGCGGCUUGGGCGUGCGCCGACGCACACGCAAAUGCCUGGGCGGCCACGAGCGACUCUGUGCGGGACGUGCGCUCGAAGAGCAGAAGUGCGAGAUGGUACCAUGCGAAGACUUUCUCGGCUGGAGCUCCUGGAACGAGUGGUCAGCCUGCUCCAACGACGGCAUUCGCCUACGUCAUCGCCGCUGUCUAGUGGAGCAGCCAGCGCCGCACGAGUGCCGAGGCGCAGAGUUCGAGAAAACCGCCUGCGUGCCAGGCGAAUGUGAGGAGCUGCAAACUGCCUCCAGCGCCACAGUCCCUGUUGUGAUCUGCUGCUGCAUGCUGCUGACUGUCGUCGGCUGCUUGGUCACAUUUCACUUUACGAAACGGCGUUAUCUGCAGAGCAUUGAAGAGGCACUCAAUAAGACGAUCACGACCACAGCGAGCUUCGACACGUAUCCCAAUCAGUAUUCCAGUUUGCCCACCAAGGACUACUAUGACCAGCGCCCCAAGCGUCAGUCCAGCUUCCGCGUGCAUGCCAAGACGAGCAACAUUUCAAGUGGCACGUUGAAUCGCAACAACAUGCACCACAACAACACGCCCAAGGUGCUGGCCAAGACCUACAACGACUGCGAGACGGGCACGCUGAAGCGCCAGACGGCGCUCAACAAUUGCCGCACCAACAUGGACGACGAGAAGUUUUAGCCAACUAACAUAUCAACGUAUCCAUAUGACAACCGAACCAAGUGCCAUCCGAAUGGAAAUGUUGCGCCCAACAACGAAAGCAUUUUGCACGGCCAGCCUGCAAAGAGUUCCUUCUCUGACUCAUAUUGAGUCGCUGCAUUUAGCCUAGUUUUAGUUCGAGCUUAGUUUAAGUUAUUAUUUCAGCAAAAUUUAUGGUAAAUAAUUUGACAUUCUGAAGGGAAAACUUUUAAAAAUUGUAAAAAUGUGUUUUGUAUUUGUAAAAAUUGCCGUUCAAAUUAUUUACCUGCAGGUGCACUUAUAAUUACAAUUACAAUGUAAUCUGCUUUUAGAGUACUGAAGCGAGACUGAAACUAAAAUCUGUUUUUAGACGUAUGCCCAAUCCAAAAUUAAUACCAACUUGUGGCCUUGAAUACGAGUUAUAUACGUAUUAUUUAUCAUUGUUUAGAUGUAAGCUUUAGACUAAGUUUUAUGUUUUAAGCAUGUUAAGUACAAUUUAAAAAGAAUAAAUUGUGAGUUUUACU